AUGAGUCUGUCCCUUCUAAGUUUGUUUUCAAUCAAAAAGCCGAGCAGCUUUGUGCCGCUAAACUUUAUAAAUGACACGAUUAUCCGCGGCACGGCGUCGGAGGUCUCUCCUGCGAUAGCGACGUGUGCCGGCCCAGCCCGCUCGGCGCCGCCCCUCGCCUGCGCCAAGCUGAUAAACCCCUGGUCACCUGCGCUGCAUGAAUUGCACUGCUUUUUAACUAUCAUCCCGCUCCGUCCUUUAAACUUCAUCCGCCCCGAGCCGCCCCGUUUUAUUUACGACACACAACCUGACGGCUUUGGCGACAACUUUGAAACGUUCACCACGACGGCGCGC